AUGUCAGAGUCUGGUGUGUCUACGCAGAGUCCACAAAAUUCUUCAACGCCUGAUGCGAAGCCAGUUGAGCAUCCACCUAAUUACAAGAGGUUAACUGAUGAUGAUCUAUAUAGACACUCCUCACAAUUCAGGUUAUGGUCGUUUACACCUGACAAGUUGUUACAGAAACGUACAGAGACGAAUGCUAGGGCUGUGGUUGUUAUAGAAGAGAAGCUUAGGGCAUUCAAGGAGAAACACAAGGAUGAGUUAACGCCUGAUGUAGCGAAAGUGAUAGAUAGCAAAGCCACACCGAUUACCACGGAGGAAGAACUCAAACUGGUAAACUUCUAUGCGCAAAAAGUACAAGUCAUUGCUCAGAAGAUGAGCUUACCCACUGAAGUGGUAGCCACCUCAAUUUCAUUUUUUAGGAGAUUCUUUUUGGAAAACUCAGUAUUAGAGGUUGAGCCAAAGGACAUUGUACAUACCACAAUUUUUCUGGCUUGCAAAUCAGAGAACUAUUUCAUAAGUGUGAAUUCAUUUGCGGAGAAGGCAAAGGCAACAAAGGAGACCAUACUGAAAUAUGAAUUCAAACUCUUAGAAACGCUAAAGUUCACGUUAAUGAACCACCACCCAUAUAAACCAUUACAUGGUUUCUUUUUAGAUAUCCAGAAGACGUUACAUGGCAAGAUCGACUUGAAGUACAUGGGUAAGAUUUACGAAAAAUGUAAGAAGAGAAUAACGGAAGCUCUACUGACUGAUGCUGUUUAUUUCUAUACUCCACCACAAAUAACGUUAGCAACUCUAAUGAUAGAAGAUGAGGCUUUAACAACAAGAUACUUAGAACUGAAAUUCCAUGGACAGGACGCUCAAACGACUGAUAAUACUACUGACAAGUCUCACAGCAUUCAUCACAUUAAUUUUGAGAGGCUCUUAAGUGUAGUUCAAUCAUGUAAGGAAAUCCUGGAGAAACCAAUUACUAUUAGCGUGCAGGAGGCAAAGGGAAUUAUGGCAAAGAUAUACUACUGUGAAAACCCAGAAGGGCUACUAAACAGGUUGAAACGAGAACCACCCAAGGAUUCGGAAGAUUCACCAGCAAAAAAGCAAAAGGUGUUGCCGCCCCAGUGA